CUGUUUCCGCCACUCCUCUCUCUUCCCCUCCUCAACAGCUUCCGUUCUCCACCUUUUUCUCCAUUUUUCCUUUCCUUUUAUCUCUUUCUCUAUUCCGACCUCCUUUGUCUCUCUUCAAAGUUAGUGUGAUUUGAGAGGAAAACGAAGCAGAAAAGAAAAAAGUAGAGGAAAUGGAGAAGGAACAAUCUCCUCUUCCUCAGAAAUCCAACAGCUUCUCCUCCUCCAGCAGGGAAGAGAAGCUCCGAGAAUCUGACAGGAGCCUCUCCUUAGGUGCCAUCAAGUUUGAAGAAAGGCGCGAGAAGCAGGAGACAGAUUACAAGGAGGAGGACCGGAUAGAGGAAGAGAAGGAGAAUGACGACAAGGAGCAGGAGGAAAGGGAGGAAGCAAGCAAGGAGAAUGUCAAAGAAGCAGAACCCAGCUUCAUUGCCAUCUCUGAGGAGAUUGAUCAUUUCCUCGGCAUCCUUGCCAGCCUCCAAGAUGUUCAGGAUCAAAUCUCCGAGCCGCCUGAGCUCCCUGAAUCGAACAUCGAGAAGUUCGUCGCCAUGUUGGAGAAGGAGAUUGCCACGUAUGAGUCCGGCGAGCAAAAAUGGUCUCCUGACCAUGACGAGAUCUGCCUCCUCGAUGCCUUCAAUCGACUCCACAAGCUGACGUCGGCGCUCACACCAUUCUCCUCGGAUGCCAGGUACAACCAUGCCAUGAAUCGCACCGGCAGUGUCCUCCACCACGCCAUGACCUUCCUUGAAGACGAAUUCUUUUCGCUCCUCGAUGAGAAUUCCCGAGCAAAGCAGCAGGAUCCAGGCAGCACCAGUUCGAAGACCAAGCGGCCGCCAUCUUUCAGUCGACAGCAGCAGCAACCACACCAACAACAUGAACAAGACCGGUGCGAUUUGGCCCCAGCCGAAUCCAGCACCAAUGAAGAUUCCCCAACAUAUCCACCGGAUGUCGUGGAGAGAUUACGAGGCAUCGCCACGGCGAUGAUCUCUGCCGGGUAUGUGACCGAGUGCUGCGAGGUGUUCAGCGUUGCUCGGCACAACGCCUUCCACGCAGGCCUGUCCAGCCUCGGAUGUGAGAAGAUCAGCAUCGAUGAUGUGCAAAAAAUGGCUUGGGAUUCUCUGGAGGGAGAGAUCGCGACGUGGAUCAGGGCCUUCCGGCAUUCGAUCACUGUCUCAUUCCCCAGCGAGCGCGAGCUCUUCGAUAUAGUCUUCUCCGGCCACCAAGACAUAGCCAACACCCUCUUCAGCCACCUCGCCCUCGGUGCCAUCUUUCAGCUCCUCAAUUUUGCGGAGGCCGUCGCCAUGACGAAGCGCUCCCCUGAGAAGCUCUUCAAGAUGCUCGACAUAUAUGAGAUCUUGAGGGACUUGAUGCCCACCAUCGACGCCAUUUUCUCUAUUGAGGCGAGCGAAGAGGAGCCAUCCUCCUCACCAGCGAUGGAUCUCAAGUCAGAGAUCUCCGCCAUCCAGUCCCGUCUCGGGGAGGCGGCGGUCGCGAUCUUCUGCGACCUCGAGAGCUCGAUCAAGACCGACACUGGAAAGACACCGGUGCCCGGCGGUGCCGUCCACCCCCUCACACGCUACGUCAUGAAUUACCUCAAAUAUGCAUGUGAAUACAAGAACACAUUGGAGCAAAUCUUCCAAGAUUACCAGAGAUCUGAGAAGCCGUCAUCCUUUGACGACGACGGCGGCGAUGCGCCAUCGGGCAGCACUAGCAACCAUGAAAACCAGAAAAACAACAGCAACGCAAAUGAUCCAAAACCAUUUACAGCGCAAUUGAUGGAGGUGAUGGAAUUGCUGCACGCGAAUUUGGAGUCCAAAUCCAAGCUCUACAAGGAUCAGGCACUGUGCAACAUAUUCUUGAUGAACAACGGGAGGUACAUCAUGAAGAAAAUCAAGGGGGCAGCGGAGAUCAAUGAGCUUCUCCGCGAUGCAUGGUGCCGGAAGAGGUCAUCAGAUCUGAGGCAGUACCAUAAGAACUACCAGCGUGAGACGUGGUCGAAGGUGCUCGCAUGUUUCAGGGAUGGAGAACUAAACGUGAGGGGGAAUGUGUCGAAGCCGGUGCUAAAGGAGCGAUUCAAGAGCUUCAACGCCAUGUUCGACGAAAUCCACAAGACGCAGAGCUCAUGGGUGGUGAGCGACGAGCAGUUGCAGUCGGAACUGAGGGUGUCCAUAUCGGCGGUGGUGGUGCCAGCGUACCGCUCAUUUCUGGGGCGGUACUCGCAGUACCUCGACCCGGGGCGGCAGACGGAAAAGUACAUCAAGUUUGGGGCCGAUGACCUCGAGAAUUAUAUCGAUGAGCUCUUCGAUGGCAAUCCUUCUUCCAUGGCGAGGAGGAGGACCUGAGAUGGGGUGAGAGUUAGGCCAGGAGGGCUUCGUAUCAUCUUUAUUAUCUUCCCCCUCUCUUUUUUGGCUGUUUUUAUUUGUGUUAAGAGUUGGAAUGAAGAGAGAGUCUUAUAUUCUGUGAAGAGACAGAGAUGCAUGUAACAUCUAAAGGUUUGUAUUCGUUCGUAUAUGUCUUCAAACAUUCAAGAAAUGUCAAAAAUUUGGCAUAUCUCCGUGCUAUAUAAUUCAUGAAACCAUACGUGUUCAUGC